AUGACCGACCAAGUCGUCAAAGGCAAAACCAGCCUCGACCAGCCCAUGGCCGUCGACGCAUCCGCAAACCCAGCCUUCGAGGAUGCGAAAGUCGCCGAUACCGAACAGGCCACGGCAACCACUGAUGCCGCCCCCAGCUCCGCAAACAAGCCCAAGCCCCGCUCGCUCUGGGUCGCCUGGCUGUACCUCUUCGACUGGUAUCCGAGCCACUACUCGGCCCAGGAGCGGAAGCUCCUCUUCAAGCUGGACUGCGUGCUGCUGCCGCUUUGUUGUCUUGCGUACUUCAUAAAAUGGCUCGACCAAGUAAACAUCAACAACGCGUACUCCUCGGGGAUGAAAGAGGACCUGCAGCUCUACGGAAACGAGUACUCCCUCUUCGGCACCUUCUACAACAUCGGCUACAUGCUCUUCGAGAUCCCCAGCAUGAUGGUCAUGUCGCGGCCAAAGUUCGCGCGCUACUUCCUGCCCACAAUGGAAGUGGCCUGGUCAAUCCUAACAUUCGCGCAAUCGCGCCUCCGCAACGCCAACGAUAUCUACGGGCUGCGCUUCCUCCUCGGUGUCCUCGAAACCCCCGUCUCCAGCGGCACAAUGUAUAUCCUCUCAUCCUGGUACAGGGGCGACGAGCUCUUCAAGCGCGCUGGUGUCUGGUUCGUCAGCAGUAACAUUGGCAGUUUCGCGGGUGGGUAUCUCCAAGCUGCGGCGCAUGAGACGCUCGAUGGCGUGCAUGGGAUGGCGGGGUGGCGGUGGCUGUUUAUCAUCGAUGGGUGUAUUAGUUUGCCCAUUGCUCUGGGGAGUUUCUUUUUCUUUCCUGGGUUGCCGCAGGGGCCGAAGGUUUGGUGGCUGACGGAGAAGGACCAUGAGCUUUGUCGGGGGAGGAUGAGGAGUGAGGGGGUGCGCGAGAGUCGGAAGAUUGGGAAGCGCAUGCUCAAGCGGGUUUUUACGCACUGGCAUUUCUAUGUCGCGGUUUUUACGUAUAUUUUCUUCCAGUGUACCUCCUACGUUGCUGGCCAGAUGAUCCUCUGGUUGAAGGACCAGGCGGAUCGGUAUGGGACCUGGACGGUCUCGCAGAUCAAUAUGAUCCCGACGGGCGUUCAAGCGGUCUCGGUCUUUGCGGGUGUGCUUGCUACAUCGCUGGUCAUGGUGUAUCCGCCGUGGGCUGUUAUGGGCGUCGUUGCGUCGGUGCUGCUCUUCUCGAAUGUCUGUUUGCUUGUCUGGGAUAUCCCGCUUGGUUUGAAAUUCACCGCAUACUACCUCCUCGGCUUCACAUCCUGCGUCACGCCCAUCCUCUUCCCGUGGGUGAACAUGGUUAUGCGCGACGACUCGGAGGCAAGGGCGUUUACAUCUGGUGCUAUGAUGACAUUCGGCUGGGUCUUCUUCAGCUUCUACCCGAUCACGGUGUUCCCCGUCGUCGAGGCACCCAAGUGGCGGAAGGGGUAUACCGUCAACACGGUGUUUGUGAUCUGCUGGUGCACGCUCUUCAUGCUCGGACAGUUCCUCUGGAGACGAGAUGUCAAGGCGGGGAAAUACAGUGUUGGCGAGUAUGCUGUUAAGGAGAAUGAGGAUGGUGUGGAUAAGCUGGGGAAGGAUAUGGAAAACCUGAAUGACGGCAAAGGGGAGGGGCUGGAGCAUGUCGAGGUUCUCGGCGCGAAGGACGGGAGGACCUAG